AUGGAAGGAUUACGUAUAAGUACAGCUGUUCUAGGAGUGUUAAUUUAUUUUGCUGGAUUUAUUGGAAAUAUUUUAUCAUUUUUACUUUUCAUACAAAAAGAAUUACAUAAAGUGUCAACAGGUCUUAUUUUUUUAUUACUUAAUAUAUUUAGUACAAUACAUUUAUUAUCAUUAAUUGUUGAAUUUCUUUCAAGCAUUUUUCAAUUUAAAGUCUUACCAUACAAUAUAUUUCGAUGCCAGUUUACAUUAUGGUUACAAAAUGCAACACGUACAGUUUGUUCAUUUUUAGCAACUACGGUAGCAAUUGAUCGUUUUAUACGUUCAGAAUACCCAAUUCAAUCACGUGCAUGGUGUACAACAAGAAUUGUUAUUAAACUUUUUGUAAUCUAUUGCUUAUUUUCAAUGUCAUUAUAUGCAUUUUUUUUCCAUCCACUUAAUGUAUUAGAUAGCAAUGAUCACUGUUCAUUUUCAUAUGAUGAUACAUUUCGUCUAAUUGCUCUGAAUAUCAUGCCACCAAUUCGCUUCAUAUUAAUUUGUGUUAUGCCAUCUAUUCUUAUGAUUGGAUGUGGUGGUCGAAUGCUUUAUAAUAUUCAACAGGCAAGAAAACGCAUUGUACAACAAAGAUCGCUACAUCAUGCACCUAUUGCAACUAUGACUAUUCCACUAUCUACUCAAAAUAAAAGAAAUGAAAACCGACGACAAACAGGAACUAUUGAUCGUAUGUUACUUUUGAUGGUUUUAUUAAAUGUAAUAGCAUAUAUUGUAACACAAAUACCAUUCAGCAUUUAUACACUUUAUUAUGGUUAUGAGGGAUUAGAUAAUUUUACAUUUUAUGCAUUAAUGCGAGCAUUUCUUCUCGUGUGGAGUUCAGCCUAUUUUGGUAUUGGUUUUUAUUUAUUCUGUAUAGCUUCAUCACAAUUUCGAAAACAACUUCUAACAAAAAUUAAAAACCUAUGUAUUUGUUAUUGUCCUUUGUAA